AAAAUGACAGCAUGACGCAUACAAAUCGUGCGCACUUUCUCCUUGAAAGCUGUACUUUAGUGCAUUAUCAGAUCAGCUUCCACAAGUGUAACAGUGUAGCAAUGCAGGCCGAGACCCUAACCCCUCUCCACCUCGCCUCUCUAGAGGGCCACCUAGACCAAGUCGUCUCCCUCUUGGGCCAAGGGCACGACGUCAACGCCGUCUGCCACGACGCCCGGUACCGUUACUGGACGCCCCUCCACUGCGCCUCCUGGCACGACCACUUCGAAGUGGUCCAGGUUCUGGUCAAACACGGGGCGAACCUGGACCUCCAGAACGCCAGGGGCUUCACGGCCUUGAAUGCGGCUGCAUGGAAGGGCUACGAGAACAUCGCCAAGUACUUGCUGCACCAGGGGGCGAACCCCAACCUCAGCAGCACCGAGGGCUACACUCCCUUGAUGUCGGCGUGCUUGAAGUCCGGCUACGAGGUGGUGCUGCUGUUGCUGGAGAAGGGGGCCGACGUGAACAUGGUCCAGGACGGCGGGUGGACGGCGCUGCACGCCGCCGCCGAGAAGUGCGGCGUUUUGGAAAUGCUGAUGAUGGUGAAGCAUGGGGCUAAUUUGGCGGAGUUCGGGGCGUCGGCGCUGGAGGUGGCGAGGAGUCGGAAUAACUUUCAAAUGGUGGGGUAUUUGGAGGGGCUGUUGGGGGCGGCGGCGGCGCCCAAUCAUCCGGUGCAAUAGUGGUUUUUAAUAAUUUGAUGGUUUAUAAGGAACACGUGACUUGUGAAAAUUUACUAGGACUUAAAUAAAAACUUAUGCAGUU